AUGUUCAAAUCGGUGAACAGAUUAAUAUCGACUCGUGGGAUAAGUUCCUCGAGUAUACUUCGUUCUAAUAUUGGGAAACAGCCAAUAAGAAUAGGUUCCGACGUAGAAUGUUAUACUGAAAAAGUUCCCUUCGAAUUUUGUAAGUCUUUUACUAAACGUAAAGAUACAAUCUUAUUAGACCAACAAGUAGUUGUCAAAGGACCAAAAGGAGUAUUAAAAUUACAAUUACCAAGCUUUGUUAAUAUUGCUCAAGAUGGAAGUAAUAUCAAUGUAACAGUGGAAGAUCCUGAAGAUAAACUUCAAAGAUCAAUGUGGGGAACGUCAAGAGGUUUAAUUAAUAAUAGUGUUAUUGGAACUACUGAUGGUCAUUUAGCUAUUGUUAGAUUUGUUGGUACUGGUUUCAGAGCUAUUUUAGGUGAUGACAAAAAUGGAAAACCAAUAGUAUCAUUAAAAAUUGGAUUCCCUUAUACUCCAAGUUUAAGAAUACCUGAAGGUUUAACUGUUACUUCCCCAAAUCCAGCCAGAUUAUUGAUUGAAGGUAUGGAUAAACAACAAGUUAAAUUAUUCGCUGCCAGAAUUAGAGAAUUCAAGAAACCUGAACCUUACAAAGGUAAAGGAAUAUUUGUUAAUGAUGAAACCAUCAAAUUAAAGGAGAAGAAGAUUAAAUAG